UGUGACGUAGAGCAUGGUCAUGUGAUCAGGGAAAAGGAAAGUAGGUUUGGUCGAGACGCAGUAGCUGGCAGUGUGUUGUUUUUUUUCUCUCUCUCUCUCUCUCUUCCCCCAUUUUAAAUGUCCAGGAUUGUGUGCCAGAGGACGAAGCCUAAAACAUUUUCUUUUUUUAUUUAAAGUUUAGCUUGGUGGAUGGAAGUUAAUGCUGAGAUUAAGAGGAGAGAGGCAAGGAAAAGAAAAGUCUCCAGAAGAGUAAAAUUAAACAGUACUGGGCUGAGCACAGGAAAGGUGUAUUGUGCAUUUACAGCACAGGUCCAAGUCUAGAGUAUCCAGGGAGAAUAUGACAUUGUAGAUCUGAUUCCCAGUUAAUAUGAGGAUUCUGUCCCUGCUAUGUGUUUAUUUUUUGGUUUUCGAUUCUGAAGGCACUGUUUCAGUCCCGGCACCAGUAGAAGCUGAAGUCUUGUCGAACAACUUCAUCCAAAUCUUGCAGUGGAGUCCAGGAAAAGGGACACAACCUGGAACAGUUUACAAUGUGAACGUUGGUAAUAAUCAGAGACGUAACAUCAAUGGUACAUCUAUUGACAUCUCUGAAUACAUGAAAGAUAUAUUCCAUAGUUACAAAAUCCAGCUUUGGGCAUCAUUUGGCAACAGCUCAUCGUCCAUAAUCAAUAUUAGUUUUUCACCAUGGAUGGAUACCACUAUUGGGCCUCCAAAGUUGUCUCUGUCUGGCUGUGGUACCUGCCUGAAUAUAAGCAUUGACCUACCAAAUCGCCAGGAUGACUUUUCCAACUUUUACAAUGCUAUAUAUUUUAACAUCCACUGGAGGAAAGUUGCUGAUGAAAAGGAUGAUUGCAACAGUUCAUUUACCAAUGACCAGAGUAUAUCAGGUGUGUCAUAUUCAAACGUUCUGUCAUAUCUUGAGCCGGACACACGCUACUGUGUACAAGUCCAGCCAAUGACCGUGAUUCCUCGUAAACUACUGAACUCCUGCGCUUGUGAAUUCACCAGUCGAAUAGAGCCAAGGGGAGUAGCCUUCCUGGCUGGUUGUGUUGUCAGCGCUGUGCUGGUGGGAUUGUGUUUUCUGAGUUUCAUAUUCAGCCUCAUUUAUACUGGCUUUCUGUGCAAGCCCAGUUUCAGACUUCCUAAAGCACUGAUUUUUCCUGAUCCUGGCCACUUCCUUUCCCCAGAGGAGACAUAUAUAUCAGUAGCUGAAGUUGAGUAUGGCAUACAAAUACACAAGCCUGAAAAUGAUCACCACAAGAAAAAGGAAAAAGGGAAUGGUGUCCAUAAGCAGAACAGUGACGAUGAUGAUGUAGACGAGGAUGAUGAUGAGGACGAAGAGGGCCACCGUGGCUACAUGGAUCGAGCAGCUCACAGCAAGUCAGAGAGCACCGGCAGCAGGAGGUCGGCAUACGUUGGGGAAGUUGAAGAGAAUCCAGAAAGAUGUAGCUUCGAGGACAUGCCCACAGACACCAAAGAGACUUUAUCACUGUCUCAGUUUCAGCAUGAUGGAGUCAAAGCUUACAGCCAAGCAGAUUUACUUGAGCCAGUUAUGAAAAACUUGAAUCCUCCUCAUGCAAAAGAAUGGAAAAAAUUAGGAGGACAAAUGAAGGAGGAAGAAAAAAAUAAUGAUUCUGGGAAUGUUAACCUGUGGUCAGUGGUACUGAAGUCCAUGCAUUCGGAGGAAGAGGAGGCUAAUGAACCGAGUGAAGCCAAACAGCCUCUGUUACCUUUAGUACUAAAAGAAUUACAAGAAGAUUCACUCAUGCUAGCAAAGCCACAGACAGGAAGUUCUUCAGAACUCCACACAGUGCUUUUACUCCACACACAGACCAGUCAAGAACUCAAAAAUGACACUGCUGACACGAGUGUGUGUGACCGCAUGCAAACAGGAUACAUGGCAUCACACACAGGCGCUAUAGACACAGGAAGCUAUGAAUCGGAGGAAGAAGAGGAGGAUUAUACAUCAAGCUACAUGACCAGAUGAAGAUGUGUAGUGGUUUAUCAUUAACUCAGACUGAAUUGUGUUUUCAAGACAGCAUUUACCGUAUGUGCAUUUUGACAAAUCAUGUGCUGGGCUUGCAGCAUGCCGCCCUCUGCUGAAGGGGACCUGGUUCACAACUAAAUUACUGAAAUAUUUUUUUCCCCUCUUAGCUCCUGUCAGGUGGCUUUCUACGACAGUGUAUUAGGGCCAUUGUAGGUGGGAUGGAUGGAUGGAUAACGAGCUGAUGGAGGGGCGGAAUAUUUGGAGAAUGAAACACAGAAUUUCCAAGAUGAAAGUUGUAAAUUGAUAAGGAACAAAACUCAGAUAUUUUCUGAGUUUAUAAAGUCAUAAAUUUGUGAGAAGAAAACCUCAGAAAUGCUGUGAUUUUAAAAAGUCACAAUAAAACCCUCAGAUAUUUUCUGAAACAACAAUCGUGCGCUUCCUGGCUGCAGUGCAGUCUGAGAAAUGUAGUUAAAAAUCUCUUUGCACUUUAUUCUUUUAUAUUAUAUAUAGACAUGAGUGUUUUACUGGGAAAUACACCACUCAAAUUUUUCAUACGAGCUACAUCUGGGACAUUGAGAACAGUAACAACAAAUCUCUAUAUGUUGCUCAUGAGGAAAUCGAUGAAUUGUUUUGCUAAAUUUGGGUACUUUUUGUUUGUGAAUGUGUCUGUGUAAUAAAAAGAAAAUCACACAUUGGCCUGAAGAUAUGAAGUUUAUCUUCUCAUGUUGAAAAACUCACAUUUUUUCAUACAAAGUGCAUCGUGGAUCUGAGUGACACAUUUCCCAGUAUUUCAUUCCGAUGACCUCACUCCCAGUGACUAGAUACACUUUGUCAAAAUGGUGAACUGGUUAAAAAUUAAAAUUCUUUUGAUUAACUUGCAGGUUUUGUUUUUUUUUUUGAUGGAUGUGUCCAUAUAAUAUAAAGAAUAUUGCACGGUGGCACAAAGAUAUGAAGUUUAUCUUCUCAUGUUAAAUUUACAUUCACCACUCAAAGGUAAACUUAAUAUCUUUGCACCAUCAUAUAAUAUCCUGUCUAUUGUGCAAUUGAUGAGGAAAGACUAGAAUUCCUAUGACUCUCAGCUCAGCCACGGCAUCUAUGGUGUGAUCACAUUGAUCUGACCUUGCAAAUUGAAGCGAUAUGAUUCCUUGACCAAAAAAAAAAAGUGUGUAUGUAUGUGUGUGUGUAUUCCCCAAGUUUUUUUUUUCUUGCAAAUUUGUGACUUUAAUAUCAGAAAUUGAGUGGGGUUUUUUUUCCUCAGAAUUUUACCCCCUCCUGCAGCUCUGUAUUUUUUUUUAAAUGUACAAUGGCACUAAUACAGUGUCAUAGACUUCUGUUUUUGUAUAAUAAUCUGUAAAGCAUCAUUAUACAUGUAUACGGAGUUAGGAUUUUGCCCCAGUUUUAAGUAGCUUUUAAGCUCCCAGGGUUCAGAUUUGUGAUUUUUACAGAGAUAUGUUUUUAACAGCGUUUAAAGGUUUUGUUUUUUGCAAAAAAAAAUUUAGUUCUGUAUAUAGACAUAAUAUAAUUUUGCUUCUGACUUUUAUACACAUGGUCUUAGGAGACAUUCCUAUUCCUUAAACAUCUAUAGAGAGAGCCCUCGGUUUGGCCUGUUUAAUCAGACAGAUGUGAGGGUUUGGUCAUACAGGGUGUACAGACAAUUCAUCAGGGAAGGAAAGUAAAUGAACUGAGAGACAUUGAAAAUAAAAGCGGUCAUAUGAAGAUAGAUGAGUUUCUGUUAACGUGGCUGGUCCGAUGAUUCCUUGUUUGUUUACACUUCUGCACAACUGGACGGGUUGGAAACAGCUGCAUGACCUGGCACUAGCUAAUCAUAUUCAUUAAGUGCUUUUGCCAUACAACUCCAUGAGUGUCUGGUUUCAGACAUUGAAACAUGCAGCUGGUGAGUCAACCCUCAGAGCUGCUGUGAUUUUUUUUUUUUAAUAACUAAUUAAUUUAUAUUUAGGGAAAUAGAACAAACUUGGUUCAUGAGAAAAUGUCUGAAGUUAAAAACCCCAGACUGGCGCACACAUGUAUGUGAAGUAAUCUGCUGCAUCAUGAUGUGUAUAAUGUCCUGGUUUAUUGAGUGGGUGUGGUUAUUGAUCAUUCUGCAGUUUAUGGAAUAAGCUUUAAUCUAGAACUCUUACAACCCUGAGAACUUGGGAACAAAGAGUGAUGUAGAAAUGGGGAACCAUAUGUUUAGCACUUUAUUUGAGUUUGAUUUGUUUGUGUUUGCUACAUCUUCAUCGUUGUACCUUUUUAUAGAUUGUGAUAAUUACCUUAAAGUAAUUAUAGAUAGAACCCCAGUAGCAACACAAAAGGAUUUCAUUGAUCUGGCUAUAAUGAAAAGCCAGUAAAGGAAGUAAUGCAACCAAUUACAGUACUAUCAUUUAAUUUAGAUUUAAUAUAAUUUAUAACAUCACACUCGAGGUGAUUUGCUCUGUCUUGUAUUUUAAAAUGUGGGGUUUUUUUGUUUUGUUUUUUUUAAUGUGGUCAACCAAACAGUCAUAAAAUGAAAUAAUUUGUACCAAUA